AUGGGUGUGAGGAAUCAAAAAGAAAGGGCGGAUGGGAUGAAGGCUCUGGCGGAGACUAGGACUGGGGGCGGAGCUGUCGGCUGGUAUCCGCACUCCAUAGGUAUCACCGGCAGUGUUCGAUUAUCUUCCAAGACAGGUACAAGUCAAAUCGUGAGUAAUCUGCUGUCUUCGUAUCUCCACGGCCCUAAUAAAGCCUACGCAGUCAGGUAA